AUGUCCUCACCGUCGCCAUCAGGGUCAGGGUCUUCGCGGUCAUCAGCCACGCCGGAGCCUACAAUUUCCGUCAAAAAAACCUCAAAGAAGUCAAAAGACAAGGGGAAGCAAAAGUCGUCAACGGGACAAGGGAAGAAUGAGGGUGUUGACCAGAACUGGGCAUACAAACCACCAGCGGGCGCCGUUCUCAUUGAAGAAGAUGUAGAUGCGGGAGAGUUUGAUUGGGACAAGGUGAACAGUGACGAUGUCGACUUGUGGCUGAUACGUGUCCCGGAGAGUGUGAAACCAAAAUACCUUGAAAAUCUCCAGGUGGAGGUUCCAUCAUCGUCAAAAAGUACCCGAAUCGGCACAGUGAAACGGAAACACGCGACCUUCGAUAUUUGGUCUAUUGGCGGGGACGACGACGACUUGCCCAUUGGCGGGGAAGAGAUCAAGAGCAUUUCAUGUCUACUACCGAAAAAAGGUAAAAAAGGGAAACUAUACCCCGCACCCAAACCAUUCGCACGUCACCUCGUCAUCGCCGCACAAGCCGUUGUACCCUCACCCAUCGCCCCUUCAGAAUCAGGGCCAGACCCAGAGACAGGGAAAUACAAGAGCGUGCCUCGGCAGCGCUAUCCUACGGAACUGCUGAAGCAUAGGUUUAUGCCUUAUGGUUCCGUUGGGGGCGUUGACGAAUCUGUUGUGGGCCCUGCGAACGCAGGAGACGUGGCUAUGGAUGUCGAUGUCAAAGAAGUUGCGUCGCAGAAGAAGGAGAAAAAGGUGAACGACAAGAAGAAGGAUGAAGCAGUGGAAGAGAAGGAUACCAGGAAAUCACCUGUGGUGGAGACGAAAAAGUCGAAGGGUAAAAAGAGAAAGGGCGAGGCGGAAGUUAUAGAUACGCCAGCACCCAAAAAAUCCAGAAAGGCGAAGACAUGAUGUGCUUUAUCUUUUAUAGCCUUGCGAUAGGAUUCUUGUUCUUUCUUUUGGAAUCAAACCAGCUGCUAGACCCC